AUGGGGAUGUCGUUGAUCGCUGGUGGAGAUCGAACCGUGUCCGUUCAGCAGCGGGGCGGAGAGACACACAGCGUACUGGAGACAUCAAACACCACCACUACCACCAACGGCACUGUGCAGUGGUACGAACCGGAACCGCUGUCGCAGUAUAUGCGGCUUGCAUUCAACAGCGUUGUUGCGACACUCGUGCUGUUUGUGGCCGUGAAGUUCCUGCUAAUGGUCCGGGACGACGUGAACUACAAGCUCGAUGAGCUCAAGCUGCGGGAACUGCAGCGGAUCAUGGAGUGCCAGAUACACUACAGGGACAACAAGUGUGCCGUCUGGGAAAGUGUGCCACCGCUGCUACAGGAAAAGUGUCGGCUCUGGGGCCAGUGCAUUGCCGGUGAGGACUCGCUGGCCAUAAACCGCCACUCUGCAAAACUGUGGGCGCAGACGCUCGCAGAGGUAGUCAACAGCUUCGUGGAGAGUAUCAGCGUCAGGUCGCUCACCGUACUGCUCACCACAUCGUGCUCCAUCAUCAUAGUCACAAACCUCGCAUUCGGAUCGUACAGGGUCGUCCACUACUCUAAAUGA